AUGGUCUCCUUAAACACAAACUUGGCUGACUUACCUUCGAGCGUUUCGCCAGCCUUAUCCGCAUGUUUAUCUUCUAAUGAUUUGUGGUUAAAGAUUAUUGAUGGAGAUAACAGGAGCAAUUUCUAUUUGAGCCAAGAGGACUUAGAAAAACAAAAACGAUUGCCUUUACCAGCCCAAUCAGUUUUACGACUAUGGGGGAAUAGAGGAAUUACAGUCUUGGACCUUUUUCAAAGACUUCAGGAAUUGUCAACUUAUUAUGGCAGUGUAAUGGAUCCGCCACAACUUCUGCUUCGCAGGAAAUUCAAACCUUUGAAAUGGGGUCGACCGGAGGAAGUUCAAAUUACUGUUGUAAAUAAUGGCAAAGAAAUAGCGUUACGAUCUGCAGCUGUAGGUUUCCCUUGUCCAGUUUUCGAAUGGUACAAAGACAUGCAAAAAAUGGAAAAUGCCAAUUCAAAUCUUUUAUUGGUUCGAAGAUGUCAAUGCUAUGCCAAUGCCGAGUUCAGCUGUAUUGCUAUGAACGAAGUGAAUGAAGGCGAAGACUAUUCCAGUUUCUAUCGUAAAGGCAACAAACAAUUCAAAUCUGAACUACGAUCUGAUCCUAUCAGUAUCAAAGAGCACAUUGAUGACUCGAUGAAAUGCUCUGUAUGUCAACAUGACGAGAAGUUAAUUGCUUCUGAUAAAGUGGCCUUGAUAAUAUCCAAUUGUGUAUACAAGGAGUUGCCUGAACUUCUUACUCCUCGUUGUGAUGCAGAGACACUAGCUGGCGCGCUUCAGGAGCUCAAGUUUAAAACCGUCACGCUUGCCGAUUUGACUUUGUCAGAGAUGAAAAUGAUGGUUAGGCAAUACACAAAACUUCUGGGAACAGGGGUCUAUGCUGUUUUUUAUUUUGUUGGACAUGGGUUCGAAGUAAACGGACAGUGCUAUUUGCUGCCCGUUGAUGCUCCCAAGGAGCCCCAUCAUCCUGAUAAUUGUCUUUCUCUUGAUUGGAUCCUGGCGGAGUUUGCCCCAUUCAAUCCAUCGUUAAAUCUAUUGUUGUUGGAUGUAUGCAGGAAAUACAUACCAAUUGAUUGUGUUGGUCCUUUCAUACAAUACGCCGAUAAAUUCAAAUAUAAGAAAAGGCCCAAUAGGAAUACCGUCUAUGGUUUCUCAACAAGUGAUGGCAUUGGAGCCUAUGAGAUUCGUGGUGAUGUGAAUGGCGUUUUCAUGAAAUAUUUAAAAAAUCAUGUAAAGAAGAACAUUUCUGUUGUGGAAAUGAUGAAUCAUGUCUUGCGUGAUAUUGAGGAAGAUAGCAAAGUUCGUGAUUAUCAAGUGCCGGAAUUGAGAUCAACGGUUACGCGUCCCCGGAGUUUAGCCGAUCCACUCGUAUACUCUGGACAUACGAUUUCCUUUACUCACCAUACAGGACAUUGGAGGUUGAUGCAUGAACUGCCAACUCCAGUUACUGUCAAUUUCUAUGAACAUGAGCUUUCAGUGACCAUUUGGGUGGGAUUUUGUGGCCACUUUACGAACCUCGCUUAUGUUUUUUCAUCUGUCGGCGAAAUUGUAAAGGAGAAUGAAGAGCAAGUAGAAAGGAGAUUGUCUCAAAAGGCAUUGGAUCAUAGAGCUUUUCUCAGAUUUCCGGCUGAGCUAUUGACAUCUAAUCAGCGAGAAUUCGAGCAUGAAGAAGAAGGCGUCACUAUAUGUUGUAUGCUUUCACAUCUGCAACGUUGUGAGGGUCCCGUGAAAUGUAAAAUCGAGUUAAAAAACAAAAAUAAUUUAACAGAAAUAGUGGAAGAAGCUGAAGCUGUUCUUGGACAUGUUUUGAUAACCAAAAUCCAACUAGUCACCUAA